UGAUGAACCCCGCGCAGAUCGAACCCUGUGGUACGAUAUGCCAAGAGACAAAGUGGUUUGUGACAUUUUAGACGCUUCUUUUUAUAAGUCACCAUAUCGUGAUAGAAGGAAUGAUUGUUCUCCACGAGAGUUAUCUCAAUGCCUAAGGGAAUCUACAACUUUAUACAUUGGAAAUUUGUCGUUCUACACUCGUGAAGAACAAAUUUGGGAGUUGUUUAGUCGAGCCGGGGAAGUCAAGCGCGUUAUCAUGGGUUUACACAGAUUUACUAAAACCCCAUGUGGGUUUUGCUUUGUGGAAUAUUGUACACGUGAGGGUGCAGAAAUGGCUAUGAGAUACAUUAACAAGACUCGAUUGGAUGACCGAGUAAUUCGAACAGAUUGGGAUGCAGGCUUCGAGGAAGGAAGGCAAUACGGCAGAGGACGAAGUGGUGGACAGGUGAAAGAAAUAUUUUAAAAGUUUUCAUUUAUAAAUAACUUUUCUAAACGCAUCAGUAGCUACCUGUUUAAGCUGUUUUAAUUUGUUUGUAGUAAGAAAAACCCCUGUCUGACACAGAGUAUACCGGUGAUAUAUUCUAAGUAACGAGCUAGGCUGACAAAAUACAAGGUCUUACGAACAUUUUGAGCGAAUAUCUUAUUAUUUCAGAAGCGUUUCUCACCUGUAGAAUAUAAAGUUAUAUUGCAGGGGUACUGUGCUGGCUAAUUGACACCCAUGGAACUGCACCAUCUUGAUAGUUUGAUUAUCAAUGAAACUAUGACAAUUAGGAUUAAAGCCUCAUGUAUCACUUGCCUGCAUAGUUUACCUAUCGAGAGGGACAGAUAUUUGAUUGCGUAUCAAUGAGUAGUUAGUUGAGCAUCAGUCUUAUCUGCUGUGCGACUUCAGGGUUUAAAGAUUGAGAGUUUAGAGUUGUAAAAAGGUUAAAUAAGUAGGAUAAUAAGUAUUUUUAAAACAUUAUUCGAGUAUUUUCGAGGGUAAUUAUAAUAAUUUGGCAUAAGUUUUUAAAUCCUUAAUGUGUUUAGGGUAUGCUGCAUGUAAUUCUCGUCACCUGGGAACUUUAUGUCUAGUUUCAGUUUCUACAUUGUGGGUUCACUGCAGUUAGAAGAUUAUCGUUUCGUAAAGAAGCCAUUUACUUGUACUAGUUCUAUAUGACCAUAUUUUUUGUAGGCUAUUUUGUUGACUGGUGGGCACAUUCUUAUUUAUAGGUUCUGUGGAUUUGAAAAGUGGUUACUACUUAUUGAUUUGCAUUAUUACCAUGACUACUUUUAACCUUAUAAGCUUUAAAAACUGACCAGUUUUUUCGUGAACAUACUAAUCUUAAAUCAUUAUAUUCUUGCCUUGGAUUAGUCUAAUAUCUCAACUGUUUCAUUCUCUACUCACUUAUUAAUUUCUUUUCACGUCUUAUUUAAUCAUUUCGUCAUAUAUGUGUGCAAAAAAAGCAACUAACUGUAGUGAAAUAACUGUAUUCUGAACGUAUCAGUUAUCUUGCUUUUCGGUGCAUUCAGAAAACAAAACUUACGAAUGAUUGAUGCUCACUUUGUAUUAUUACCUAAUUAACUACGUGUCUUAAUUGUGAUUAUCGCACCGUUGUCGAAUUUCGCCUAAAAUGAUAACUAUCUUUGUUGAUUAAUUUUGACCGAAAAUAUCAUAUGCGCAUCUCAUCUACCUCGCUGCUAAAAUAACCAGUUGGUUUUAAUAGUAUAUUUAAAAGACUACUCAGACCGAUGAUAACUGCUUACCAGUUACAUGGUUAGUUUUGAUAAACCCUGUGUAUUCCGAAGCAGCUUUGUAUUAGGUUUUGAAGAUUUCAACUUGCUAGUUGUCAUCAUUUGCAGGUUUUAAUAUAUCUUUCCUUUUGGUGUAUCUGAUAGUCGUUGGUCUUUCAGGUGUCACCGAAUGUAUGAAAAAAUAAACACAUCGAUAUGUGAAACAGCAGUAAAUUUUAUGAGCAAGACAUUUCAAGUCCUGAGUACUUCUAUUGAUUCGAUUGUUUAUGUUUCCUCAGUCAACGAAGUCCUUUUGAAUUCUUCUUUAAUAAUCACGAAAGAACUAUCUGAGGGGUAAUGCUUCCUAGUGGUCAUAAUAACUUUGUGUCUAAAUUUAGUUGGGUAGUGACAAAUUCUCAGAAGUCGGGUAGGUUUGAUGGAACUGUGGUUCAUUGGUCUAGGUACUUAACUUCCAACUGAUAGGCGAUGGAUUCAACCUCUGCUUCACCUGCAAAUUUCUGAGCAACCAGGUAGCUUUAUUAGCCCUCACACAUUAGAUGUGGCUCAUUGCCUAAUACACGACCAUGCUCAAGGUAGAGGGGUGUAUCUCGAUUUCGAAGUUGGCUUGAUACUUGGUCGUGUACGUCGACCAGAACUUUACCCUCAGCUAGGUCUUAAUACAGAUACAUGUAUAAAAGCUUCUAAGACUAGCCGUAUGUCUCAAAUUAGAAUUGGUAGUCAAUCUCUUUUGUUCAAGAGGUCCUGCUAUGACUUUGUUUCAGUUUGAAGGGAGCGGAGAGCUAGUAUAUCGUGCUACUGAUGGUUCUCUGCUCAAACUUAUACAAUCGUCCAGAGGCAUAUUUUGAUUUGUCAACCUCAGUAACAACGAAUAGUGGUGUCCAGGGUCACCAUUCCUGUUAUAGAUAAACUGAUGGAUGUUACUUUGCAUGCCUAAACUAAACAAGUGUCCGGCUCUCCUAGGUUUUUAAUGAUACUUCAUCUGAUAUCAGUUCACACUGAUAACAUAGUCGUAUUAGGUGAAAGCACUGAAAGUUGCAGUCUUUUGAAUGUGUUGAGAGAAAACCUAAAUACAUUUUGUAGAUAUUGAUGUAAGGUAGUGAAGCAAAAGGCCAAAUGGGGAAUCGCAGGACGAUUGUUUAUUAUGACAAUUCAUACACUACUGGUAAAAUAUUAUAACCUUCCAUUGAAAUGUCAAUUUGCGCAGUAUGUUCAUCUUCUGUCUCAUCUGGCUAUUAAUACGGUCACACCAUCUUUUGCGCUUCUCUGGGCAGAGUACUUAUCCAUCGCUCGUAAUUACUUAUAGCUUCUUCCGACCUUUCAACAUAUGCUACGUAUAUGCAUUCUCAUCAGUAGCAUCCACUACGGUAGUACUAUGGGACUAAUCUCUAUUGACACUUAGUUUCAGGAUCUAGAUCAAACUUAGUGGGUUGAGUUUUUCGCUUAUUUAGAGAAUAUACUGACGAAUUCCCAGAGCGAAUACAAGAUGUCUAUUGGGCAUUUUCUGGCUGUUUAACAGUCCACUUUCUCCUUCUAUAUCUCUGGGAAAUGAGAUUAAGCUUUAGGUUUUUGGUCAUAGCGUCUCCAAUCUAUGGUAAAACUGAAACGAACGAUAUUGAGGCAAGAUUCACACUCAUAGCCAAGACAAGUCAUUGGAUUAAUUUAUGAAUCUGCACCAACUGAAUUAGUCGGGAUCUGUUACUCCUAGCUGGUCAUCGCCUACCUUAGCGCACAGUGCUAGUUAGGAUUAAUGUGGAAAAUCACCAAAGGUGACCGAAGCGAAACGUGGCAUCAAUUUAUCAAGUUGAUCUAAAUUUUGUGGGUCGCCUGGUGGCAAUCUUUAAGAUGUUAAGAACUGAUGAUUACAAACUCAGUGAUGUAUUUCCGGUCAGUCUAAUGCGAAUGUAUAUCAUCUUUAUUGUAUUUGAACAUCUUGUUAGUCUUUAUUCACUUCUUUUCUCUCACUUAUACUUUUCCAUUUUGUUGAUUCUUCUUGUUUGUGUUUGCGAGGUGUUGCAACUCACAUCACUCCAUAUUUGUUUGCUGCUCUAAGGUGAUGGAUGCAUCCGUUUGAAUGAUUAGAUACCAAGAACACUAGACAGUUUUCCAAUUCUAACUUGGAGUUUGUCAGCAAGCGACAAGUAACUCUCUUCGAGGUUCAGUCUCAUACCUUUAGUGACUUGGCGGUUAUUCGCUAGCAAAGUACUCUGUUUCACCUUAAUUUGAACUUAAAAUGUUGUGCUCAUAUUUAAGGAAUCAAGAAUGAAGGCAAAACAGUUGAUCAAUGUUCUAUAGACGAGUCAAAAUAAGCUCAGCAACCACAUGCACAUUUAUAUAGUAGGCAUCGAGCCAAACCUAUCGUAUGAAGAUUAAUGGUACUAUCUAGUUACCCAGACAUCGAUAAGUGAGGCGGGGUUCGAACCGUGACCCAUCGGUUGGAAGUCGAGCGUCUAGACCAGUGAGCUCUUUCGAGUAUGAUCAAUUAUUUUUAUUUGAAGUGAUCAUCAGAGUUAACUCAGUGCGUUCUUAUGUUUCCCCCUUCCAAAUAUUUUCUACUACUACAUCGUAUGUAUUGUACAAAUCGCCAGCGAUCACUUGGAGUGUUUUUUUGUUUGAAUUCAUAGGUCAAACGUAUGCCGUUCAUUACUACAUAGUAACAAUUUUUGUCGAAAAUUCCCAGUUUUAGUUUUCCAGGCUUUCAACAUACUUCUUUAUUUACUCUUUCCUGUAAGUUUAGUCCUAUGCAUUUGGAUGAUUGACAGGCAAUUUUGUUCAUAAAUUGACUCUAUAUGACUCGAAGGACUGUUCUUGACCAGUGGCUACUACUUUGUCGUGGUGAUGGGGGUUGCAUAUCACAAUAACCCAACAAGGUAUGUUGGUGAAAAGAUUGUUCUUUCGAGGUCCUGCCAUACUAGUUGAAUAGUGGUAGGACAAAAAGCAGUUACAACGUAAACUACUACACAGUUAUGAUGGUCCGAGGGUGAAGUCGUACUGCCAACCGGCCAGUAGUAAGGUGUUUCCUGUGGGUAACCAGCAGUGCCACACUGAUGCUGCCUUCCCUAUGGAGAGGUGGGUUAGAAAAGGUCGACCCUAGAAAAAGCAAGCCCCAGUAUACUCCGCAGCGUACCGAUGUUGGUGAUAUGAGUUCGUAGUCGGGUUCGAAAAUCACAAACUUAAUUAUCGAACUCCUAAAAGAGCCGUGUGUAACCAGUCCGAAGUAGAUAUCUCUUGGGCUCUGUGGUCAUACACUAACCCUUUUUCAGGUUAGCCUUUUAUGGGAAGUGUCAGCCGCCCACACGCUUUCAGUAGUAUGCGAAACGUAAUAAAACAUAACUUACCCUCCUUAUCUCUGUCUGUUCAUUUACCUACAUUUCCUGAUCAAAAUAUUUAACCUUUUACAGCUUCCUCGACCUUUCACAUUGUGUAUUACCAACAACCCAAGCCACCUCAUUCCUAGUCUCCUAAGAUCCCGCUGUUGACUUCACAUUAGAUCCUUCAACUUCCGAACCCUAUGCUAAAUCGGACAGUAAAUGUCGCACACCAGAACUCUGGAAUCUCCAGCCAUGAAUGUGUCCUGUAUUUAUAAGACAUAUAUACAAGAUCCAAGUGUGGUUUUUCAUCACUUCACCUCACCUGGCCAUUUCAAUGAAUCUCCAAAAUCUGCCUUACGAGUAUCCGGAGAUUCCAAGGGCUAGUUCUUGUCGACUCGCUGGUGUAAGCGUAGGAUUAAACUGUAGAGCAGAAAGUUCACUUCUCGACUGGAUUACCAAUCAACAGCUGUCUAUGUAGUGUUCGACCGAAUGGGUCUGUAAGAACUGGGAAGGAUCGUGAGACUAGGCGCUGCCUAUUUGUAAUCUCCGCCUACGCACCCACUGACUGCAGUUCGGUUGAUGCAAGGAGUGAGUUCUCUCAAAAGCCUUCAAUUUCACUGCAGAAAAAAACGUCCAGGUAUAUUCAUAAUAGCAUGUGACUUUAAUGCUCAAAUAGAAAGCUGACCUAAUUAGAAAGGUAUCUACAUAAUCCCAUACUAACGAACGGACAACUGUGAUCAUGUUACAAUUUCAUUCUGAUAGUUACUUGUUUCCGGUUAGCACUAACUUCAAACAUAAGGAGGCAUACUGUCUCACAAAGCGUCCACCGACAUCAAACUAAUGAUGGGCACAGAUAGAUCUUAUUGCUUGCUGUAAGCCAUUGAUGGACGUUUGUUCUUUCUGGUGUACCUGUUUGGACUCCGGUCACGCGUUAGCACGUCUGCGUCUUACUGGUCGCAGGAAACAGACUGCAGCGAAGCCUUUUUGUGCUUGAGUAGAUGAUAACGUGAAUUACGCAUUUAAGGAGGAGAUAGGUAGUCGUUAAUCUGAACAUGACAGCAAAGCUCAUCCUGACAAAGCCUGAAGUGAUAUUCAGUCUACUGUAGAAACAGCAAUAAAGAUAUUUGUUGACCUACAUCCAAAGGUUAGAAAAGCCAGUUGACUUCCACAGCGUCGUCGGAACUGAUCGGUACAAGACUGAUUCCAGCUGGCUUUGACCAUAGUUAGGAGCAAUGAUCUUGAUCAGUGGUAGAUGAAGAGAGGUGGAAACAGGCGUCAGGCAAUACCAGGCGACUAUAGAGGAUGCCUUCAAAAAGAGACCAUCACGGAAGAUGCAGAUAACCUUCCACAACAAGUGACCAGGACGUUGAGCUAAACACUUUGAAGCACAGUUCUGCCGAUCUAUGGGAAGGCAUCAGUUGUCCAGCAUCCAGCCUGAACCUGAAUAGGAUGUAAGUAUCGGUCCUUCAACUUUAGUCGGAGUUGAGACAGCUGUUUCUGAUUUGAAACGAUACAAAGCAGCAGGACCUAACAGCUGCCACUCCUAGCUUUUAAAAGAGGUAGUAAAUUGCUGAGUAGAGUAAUAAGAGCACUGGAUUAGAGUAUAGAAAUCAGAUGUAGUUCCGUCAGACUGGUCUAAUUCACUGACCCCCCUCCCCCCCAGUCUAUAAGAUGGGACAGAAGUCUGCCUGUGACAAUUAUAGGGGAAUCAAGUUGACUAAUAUCGUAUCCAAGAUCCUAGGAUCAGAAGCUAUCUGACAUCUAGAUGGCUGGAGAAAAUCAGGCAGGUUUCAGACCGGGGUGGUUUCGACACGCGUUGGAUAUGCUGAGCCGUAACAUGUAGUACUAGGAGUUCGAUCAAGUUGGAAGCGGGCUCAGAGUGGCCAGACUAAGACACGGUACUAGCCGACGAAGUUUCUCACUGUUGGUCUUAGCCAUAUCGAGAAGUCUAGACUGUUUUGCUAGGGUCCUAGAGACCAUGGCAAUCAGUGGCUGAAUAUUCUUGGUGACGUGGUUGGAGGUCGGUCACAAUGAGGCAGAUGCACUUGUUGACAUCUGCAGCUUGAAUAUUUCCACUAACCUCCAUUUUCGAAUUCUUUCUCGUCUCAUUCUCCUUUGUUCUACUUUUAUAUCAGUCUUUUUCUCGAUACUUGUUAUUUGCAUGCUGCUGUCAAGUCUGACAACUUGAACGGAUGCAUUUGUGUGCGAGAUUUUAGGCUGAUUUUUUUCUGUCUGUUUGGAGGACUGUUCAAACAACCGUUUUCACCGCUUUUAGAUGUAUUGUACAAGGCUUUGAAUUUACUUAAACUACACUGUUUUCCUAGUUUUGUCAGCACUUAAGCCAUCUGAUAACCAUUUUGAGCGUUCUUUUUAAUCUGACGAUGAGAGUUUUCUCCUACCCCUCCAACCGUCAUCAAAAUAGGCGGUCGUUGGUAUUGCAAGACAUAUACCCCAACCAUUUCUUUAUUAUUUCCCCAUGAACCUACCUAAUUCAUAAAUGCAUUUUCAGCAUUAGCAUUUAUCAAGUUUGUUUAUUACUUCCUACAUCUCAGUUUCACACUGUGCUGAUAAUUGUAGACCCUUUUAUCUACGAAUCCACAUAAUUAUCACAUGUUAAAAUGAACUGUAACAUUAUUCUUUCUCCUUAAAGGUACGAGAUGAAUUCCGCAAAGAUUAUGAUGCUGAAAGGGGUGGAUAUGGAAAACUAGCUCAACGGGAAGGGGAGUGAUUUUUGUUUCCAGAUUUUGUAUUUUAAUAUUAUGAAAAAAAUAAUACUACUGUACAUAGA